AAUGAUUGACCCGAGGUCAUCACAUGCAACAACGUCAGCAUCACUCAUAAUGUUGACUUGUUCAGCAGAUCGCCAACCUAUUCCGUCAAUACUCACUCUCCGACCUUGAUCGAUCGCACAACUUGUACACUUUUAGUCGCGUCCUACACCGACGCUUUCCUCAUGGCCUAUGACGCUCUGGCUUAAGGAAGGGCGCUGUGCGAGCUACCCGCUCCGACAUCUAAAGCACAAUGGCUGUUCACUCAACACUACGAUCACGGGAGGAUCCCGUCGUGAUACUAUACCACUACUACCUCAACCUGCUUCGUUCUCGGUUUAAGCGUUCAUCGAAGACGGCCAAGCUGAUCGCUACCGCUGCGCUAGUCCUCUCUAUCGUGGGAUCCGGAUAUGGAGGGUACAAACGGCUACGGCGGAAGGCGAAAGAACGCGCCCAGGGCCGACGGUUGUUGCGUCGAAACUCUGGAAUUCGAGGGAAGGAUGGGUCUCGCACCAUAUAUGUACCUUACAAAGACUCCUUGACAUCCAAGGUGACUAUCUAUCCAACGAAACCCACGACAUUCGAUGCGCACCGAAGGCUUUUCUUAAACCCUCCGGCUUCGGCUCGUGCUGGAGAUGGAGAGUCAAACCAGAUUCCACCGCCGAUCACGAAGCCGGGUCUGAACCUCGCUUUUCUGCACCAGUUCCUCAGUCUUGGGAGUAUCAUGGUCCCUCGAUGGGGUAGCAAGGAGACAGGUCUUCUCAUGGGUCACGGUCUCUUCUUAUUGUUACGGACAUACUUAUCGUUGUUAAUUGCAAGGCUAGAUGGUGAGAUCGUGAGAGAUCUUGUUGCAGGUAAAGGUCGAGCGUUUAUGUGGGGUAUUCUCAAAUGGUGCGGUAUUGGUACUCUCGCUUCGUACACAAAUGCCAUGAUAAAGUUUCUGCAGUCUAAGGUGUCCAUCGCCUUUAGAACGCGACUCACUAGGUAUAUCCACGAUCUUUACCUCACCGGUGAUGAUAACUAUUAUAAGUUGAUGAAUACGGACGGCGGCAUCGGCCAGGGCGCAGACCAGUUUAUUACGCAGGAUCUUACACUUUUCUGCUCUGCAGCAGCAGCGCUGUAUUCUUCCAUGGGAAAACCACUAGUGGACCUUUUCGUUUUCAAUUACCAACUGUAUCGCUCUCUGGGGCCUUUGGCCCUGAGUGGAAUUCUCACGGGCUAUUUCAGCACCGCAAUCGUCUUACGCAAACUAUCACCCCCUUUCGGCAAACUCAAAGCUGUCGAGGGCAAGAGGGAAGGUGAUUUCAGAGGGCUUCAUUCUAGAUUACUUGCCAAUGCGGAGGAGAUAUCGUUCUAUGGUGGGGCUGACAUCGAGCGAGUUUUCUUAACGAGAAGCUUCAAGGAUCUCCAGCGCUGGAUGGAGGGCAUUUACAGCCUGAAGAUUCGGUAUAACAUGCUUGAGGAUAUUAUUUUGAAAUAUUCUUGGUCUGCCUUUGGCUAUUUGAUCACAUCUUUGCCGGUCUUCCUUCCUGCAUGGGGCGGCUUAGGCGGCGCUCUAGAGUUGGCUGACACGCCCGAAGCGGUUGGGAGGGAGCGGAGUCGUAUGAAGGAAUUUAUCACGAACAAACGUCUGAUGCUGUCUCUAGCAGAUGCUGGUGGCCGAAUGAUGUACAGUAUCAAGGAUAUUUCGGAAUUGGCUGGCUACACCUCGCGUGUCUAUACACUGAUUUCUACAUUGCAUAGAGUUCAUGCAGACGCAUACUACCCUCCACGUGGCUCUCAUGCGGAGCUGUACUCGAUGGCGGAUGUUCAGGGAACCAUCCACAACGGCUUUGAUGGGGUCCGUCUUGAACAUGUCCCAAUCGUUGCGCCAUCUCUCUAUCCUCGCGGUGGCGAUGAACUUCUCGAAUCGCUAUCCUUCGUUGUACACUCUGGAGAUCAUCUGCUUAUCUCCGGGCCAAAUGGAGUUGGCAAGUCUGCCAUCGCCCGUAUCAUUGCAGGCUUAUGGCCAGUCUAUCGUGGGUUAGUCAGCCGGCCAAGAGGGUUCGGGCUGGACGGGAUCAUGUUUCUUCCUCAACGGCCCUACCUCAGUGUAGGGACUCUACGUGAUCAAGUCAUCUACCCUCACACAGAAAUAGACAUGCAUGAGGGGGGGGCGUCCGAUGCGAACCUUCAAAAGAUCUUGGAUGAUGCCCAUCUAGGUUACCUUCCUACUCGCGAGGGUGGAUGGGACUCCCGGAAAGAAUGGAAAGACGUGCUGAGCGGUGGUGAGAAGCAACGAAUGGCCAUGGCACGUCUAUACUACCACGAGCCCCGCUACGCCUUCCUCGAUGAAGGAACGUCUGCAGUCUCGUCAGAUGUCGAGGGUUUGUUGUAUGAACGGGCCAAGGAGCGCGGGAUCACCCUCAUUACAAUCUCUACCCGUGCAUCUCUCAAGAAGUAUCACACCUACAACCUCACUCUUGGCCUCGGAUCUGAAGGUGAACAGUGGGAGUUCGAAAGGAUUGGCACUGAAAAGGAGAAGAUGAAUGUCGAGAAAGAGCUGCAAGAACUCCGUAAGCGGUUGGAUAAAGUUGACGAAUGGAAGCAACGUCGCGAGGAGAUUGAGAAUGAACUAAGCAAAGUUUGGAUUGAAGAAGGAGAGUUGGCCCCGCCGCCAUAUACAGAAGAGUCUGAAACAUCUGAAAUUCAAGUGAUUGAGGGAUCGACGAACUGAUGAGAGUAGAACUGAAAUUGGAAGUUGGGGUAUGUAGUGUUCUUGUAUGUACUCUGGAUGAGAUGAGCUUGAUAUAGAAUCAGUGUGCCAUUGGAACGAUUAAUUUAACGAGCCUCGCUCCUCAAUUGGAAUUAGAGCUUGAAAGUCUUCUAGUAAUGAUUAUGACUCUGGCCGUCCCCCUACUAGAGCACUGAUUGAGCUGCUCACUAUCUGCUCGUCC